CCUAUCGCCACAAGGAUGAAAUCAUCCGCUUCAAGUUGAACGUCGUGUGGCAAUCUUCAGAAAAUGAACUAUAGAUUGAGGUGCUCUCUAUUCAUGACGUGAGUCCUGCUUCUUUCAAUCUUUUUGAGGCGUACGAUAUCGCAGGUUGACAAAGUGUCCAACAUGAGCACUUCGAGUCGCUACUUUCAAAAUGAAAAGACCCCUUCUCGACGUGUGCCCAACGCCCAUGAAGAGCUCCUUGCUUCUCUAAACCGCAUCAACACCUACAAUCCUCCCGUCCAGACAUGUUCUACGGGCUGGAAAUUCCACGGUCUCUAUUAUGGGCCGACGUCGAUAGCGUAUCUCUUCUUCCGCCUUUCUUCCCACUACCCUGACCUAGUAUUCAAAGGGCAAUCCCUGCUAGACUGGUCGCAAGCAUACCUUGACCUCGGGGCGCAUGAGCAGCACGACAGCGUUGACCCUAGUCAUUGCGGGAUUGCGAAUGAGCGGCUUACACAACUAGCCAUCCGUGCCGCAAUGGAAAAAGAUCCCAGUUUGGCCAAGGAAUUGUGUUCAUACGAGAAGGUAAUCAACGGCAGUUCCGGCGGGUCGAACGAGUGGCUAUAUGGUCGUUCGGGCUAUCUUUAUCUCCUACGUCUAGCCCGCUCAGGUUAUGAAGAAGACUCAAAGGCGACUGUUGCGAUCGACCGGGUUAUCCAAAAGACCGUGGACCGGAUUUUGUCCGCUAAACAGCCCUGGGUCUGGCACGGCAAAUGCUAUGUCGGAGCUGCUCAUGGCAUCUUUGGUAUUGUUGGCCAGCUUGUAUUAUCGUCGGCGUCAUCUGCCGAGGCACUGCAGACCAUCCUGAAGCAGUUGCUCGAGAUGCAAUUCCCUAGCGGCAAUUUCCCUUCGUCGCUUCCUCCUGGCUCCGAUAGGCUGGUUCAGUUCUGUCAUGGAGGACCCGGUGCAGUGCUGACAUUGAGAUCCAUCAGAACUUACUUUCCCGAACUGCAGCAAAGAAUCGAUUCUGCCAUCGUUGCUGCACAAAAGGACAUUUGGAAACGCGGGGUGCUCACAAAGCAACCCUGCCUAUGUCAUGGUAUUGCCGGAAAUGCUCUGGCUCUUGAUGCUGAAGCAGAGUUCCAGCACUUUCUGGCCUGUAUGGCCAGUGACGUCCUUGAAAAACAGGGCUGGCUUGAAGAAGCGGGCCGGGACGAUCAGCUGGUUGGGCUCUACACCGGCGAGGCAGGUCGGGCGUGGGUAUGGGCUGUGGCUGACAAGGGUCUCGAGAAAACAUGUCUCGGCUACAACGAUCUAUGAGAUGUGGUCUUGUCUCCUCUUUAUGGUCGUGGAGUAAAGGAGUCUUCCACUUUCAUUCUACAAUAGGGAAUCAGCCACUCCUGCAGUGGCCGAAAGGGUAUGGUGUUAGUCCACAAGAUAAUAGCUCUCGUGCCUCAAGUUUAAGUAUUGAAUAAUGAGAAGAUGACCAAUAGAGAACAUAAGACGUCUCUUUGCCACUCCUCUUGUCGAUCGACUUCUCAAUGGAGACUGUGGUAUUUGAC